ACUUUGUUGCUUGUGGUGCAACAUUAAUCUGUCCUGUAACUUGUAAAACACUGUGUAGGUACAUGUGUGGUUGUGGUGGGUACCCAAUCGUCAUUUCUCAACCACCACCCCAAGGACCCUUGAUAACAUCGAUCACCGCCCUCAACCCUUUCCCUCCUAACUCUUAACUUUAAUAUCAUUCCAACCCUUACCUAUCCUCACUGCCGUCACCUUCGCCGCUCUCAAUCUGCUCAUCAUGGCCGCCACAGAGGGCAAAAAGCUCGAUCUCGAUCCCAAGUACGACGACUACGAUUUCCCCGUCAUUGCGCCUACCCCACAGAAUGGGCAUCCCGGCCACACCACGCCCGAGCAGGAUGCUCAAGUGUUCCAGCUGAGGAGCCUUCUGGAGGCCGCAGGUUAUACGAAGAAUUUGGAUACUUUGACACUUCUACGAUUCCUUCGCGCACGAAAGUUCAAUGUCGAGGCUUCAAAGCAGAUGUUCAUUGACUGCGAGAAGUGGCGGAGCGAAUACGCCGACAUUGGUGUCGAAGAACUUGUCCGCACUUUCGAGUACAAGGAGCGAGCCGAGGUUUUCAAGUACUACCCACAGUAUUACCACAAGACCGACAAGGAUGGCCGACCCGUGUACAUCGAACAGCUCGGCAACGUCGACUUGACUGCUCUGGGCAAAAUCACCAGCCAAGAGCGCAUGAUCCAGAACCUCGUCUGCGAGUACGAGAAGAUUGCCGACCCUCGUCUGCCAGCAUGCUCUCGCAAGUCUGGCUACCUCCUAGAAACCUCGUGCACAAUCAUGGAUCUCAAGGGUGUAGGCAUUGGAAAAGCCACCUCCGUAUAUGGCUAUCUCGGCGCUGUUUCCGCCAUCUCUCAGAACUACUACCCAGAGCGUCUCGGAAAGCUUUACGUUAUCAAUGCUCCUUGGGGUUUCGCUGGUGUCUUCAGCGUUGUCAAGCGAUUCCUUGACCCGGUCACCGUUCAGAAGAUCCACAUCCUGGGCAGCGGCUACGAGAAGGAGCUUUUGGCACAGAUCCCAGCAGAGAACCUGCCAAAGAUCUUCGGCGGCCAGUGCGAGUGUGAAGGCGGAUGCGCGUUGAGUGAUGCUGGGCCAUGGCAGGACCCAACCUGGGUCAAGGAGCCCAAGUGGGCUAAGAAGGAGGGUGACAAGGUUGAUAAUGCGAUCGAUAACUCGAAGAUUCCCCCACCUACGGAAGGCGGCAACGAUGCAACUGGAGCAACUGCUUCUGCUCCUGAGCCUGCUGCAGCACCCGCCGCUGCACCCAACACCGCUGCCGCAACCUAAGUGAAAACCCCAUCAGCGCGGAGUAGGGCGUACAGGCGAGUUGGGGAGUUGGAAAAAAAAUGAGCAUGUUCGAACAUGUGAUACGAGGAGUAAAGAGAUGCAUUGGCUCGAACUGGUCGUUCUUUUCGCUGUCUUCAGAUUAUGUGGUAUAGACGUCGAAGCUGUAUAGUCGUAAGGUCUUUUG